CACAUUUAAACCCCUUGGAUUAGAUCUUUUUCGCACACCACCCCACACCCCGCAGCACAAAACACAGUCGACUCCUUCGCUAUUCCACCGCCCAGAGGCGGCCGCCGUUGAUCCCCACCACUCCAGCAGCCCCCGCCCCGACGCCCUGUCGCUAUUAUCUUCUAUCUCUUUGGAUAUCUUGAUUUCACCUUCGUCAGCGCUGGGUGGAAUUCCUUCCCUGUGGUCGAAGUCAUGUCCAGGUUUCGAUCUCUAUGGCAAGCUUCGGUGAAUGCUACGAAGAGAGCCCUUGCAUGGAAUGUAGAAGAUUUAAUGCCACCAAGUGAAAAAUAUGUAUUCAAUUUCAAUGCAAAUGAGGAGCUGAAAAGGUGGCAUUUGUACUCUGAUUCAGAAUAUGGAGGUUUGUCAUCAGCGUCCUUGGAAAUCACUGAUGCUGGUUCUGGUGCUGGAUUGAGUGGGAUUUUCUCUGGCAACCUUUCUGUCGAUGUAACUGAGGGUUCCACAUGGAGAAUGAACCGGAGUGGUUUCUGCGGAAUGCGGUCAAAGAAGUUUGAUGGCUUCAUUGACUUGGAUGCAUAUGACACAAUAGCCAUGAGACUGAGAGGGGAUGGAAGGUGCUAUAUAUCUACAAUAUACACGGAUAACUGGGUAAAUUCACCUGGGCAACAGGAAGACAACUCAUGGCAAGCCUUUAUUUUUGUACCCAAGGACAAAUGGCAUAUUGCAAAGAUCCCUCUACAUCGAUAUUUACCAACAUGGAGGGGAAACAUUAUUAGUGCGAAGUUGGAAAUGAACCCAUCGCGGAUAGUGGGAAUGUCUCUCUCUGUUAAUGCUGAAGGUGGUGUACCUGGUGCUAAAUCUGGACCUGGCGAUUUCAGAGUGGAAAUUGAUUGGAUUAAAGCAUUGAGAACAUUAUAAGCUAAGGCAAGCAUCAUUUGUUUUAAAAAAUAUUUGUCAUUCCAUAAAGCUAUGGCAAGCAUCAUUCCAUAUGGUAUUUGGUCCUCGUGCCAAUCGUCAAUACAAACUACUGGAGGGCCUUGGAGAUUUUAUUUGUGCAUUAAAAUUGUAUCAUAGUUGGGUUGCAGAUGAGGAUACCAAUACUUUGCCAAGCCUUGACCUUCUUGACUCAGAACUUGUUUGUCUUUUGAGUGACUUUUGUAAUUAAUUGUGAUGUUAUUGUAAUGGCUAUGCCACAUGGUCAUGUCACUGCCUAAAUUUCAAAAACUCUCAAGACAAUGGGAAGCAAAUAAUUAAUUUUUUAAUCGG